GUAUUUUUACUCCGUAUACUAUAGACUAGAGUUAUAGCAUCAAAGCGCAUAUAUUAAAGCUGAACAGUCAAGAUGCCACAGCAUAGAAACAAGACGGUUGUGCAGGCCUUCAACCUGGUCCCAGUAGUGGAGCAAGCUCUAUCCGACCGUCCAAAGACAGAGGUCAGCUGUCUGGCUGCAGCUGAUCGGUGCAUGUACAUUGGGACGCAAUGUGGUCUCAUUAUCUACUAUCAAGUGGAGGAAAAUAAAUCACCCCUCGGCAAGAUAGUCUACCAGUCAAAGGUCAAAGGUCGUAUUCAACUGGGGGCGGACAAACGCAAACCAGUUCAGCAACUGACAGUUGUCCCUCAUCAAAAAAGGCUCGUUGCCAUGGUAGACGGUGUUCUGUACGUGAUGCACAUGAGCACUCUGGAGUUGUUUGACACGGGUCAGCGAGUAUCGAGGAUCCAGUGCUACUGUGUCAAUGAGUGUCGCUCUGCACAAACUUCACAAACUGCUUCGAGCACAUUCGAGCUCAUUCUAGCCCCUCAGAGGAAGAAGCUCAUACAACAGUAUGCUCUGAGUGGUGACAAGAUGGUCCACUUGAAGGACUACACUCUCCCAGACCCAGCAGUCACCAUGGCUCGAGAUGGUGGGUCCGUGUGUGUGGCAGUGUCGCCCUCAGGCCAGGAUGAUGGGAGAUAUGUCACAGUCAACAUCCACGAGAAUGGCAAGAUCAUGGACCUUGUACCCUACGACAGUGGCACCAAGCCGAUCGUGAAGAGAACCAACAAAGGAGAGUUCCUCGUCAACACUGGGACCUUUGGGAUAAUCGUGUUUGCAAGUGGAAUAUCAAAAAGACCCCCUGUGGACUGGAGUCGGAUGCCCCCCAGUGCAGCCACGUACAAGUUCCCCUACAUAGUGGCAUGGUCCGAGCUAACGGCACAGAUCCAUGUGUUCAAUAUCCUGGAUCAGAGAUGCGUACAGGAGAUACCGUUCCCUGGUGGUCGUUUCCUUGGUGACCUCAAUGGUAAAGUGUACGGAGGUAUGGAUCGCUCUAUAUACGUCCUACCAUAUGUUCCUCUGAGGGACCAGGUCUCCAAUCUCCUGGACAGACAGCUAGUGGAAGAGGCCGUCCUAUUAGCUGAAACCAUUACUGCUGUGGAGGCAGCAAAGGAAAAGGAGUCGCCAGAAGCAUAUAUGAACGAGGUGAAGCAAAGAGCAGCCUUCAUUUACCUUGGUAACGGACGCUACUCUGAGGCGGAGGCACUGCUGGUGGAGUGUGGGGCUGACCCCCGGGAGGUGAUAGUCCUGUUUGAUGACCUCCUCCCGGCAGCCUCCACCUUUAAGAGUAAAGGCAACAAGAUCCACGGCAUACCCUCCAUACAAGCACUCGCCACAGUGGGGCAGUUGUCUCUUGUGGAGGCCAAGAAAUUCCUCAUCAGAUACUUGAAAGACGUGCGGACCACACCCCUUGUUCAGGGCAGGAGAGAAGACGUGGACACAUCGCUAGUGAAGCUGCUAGCGGAGGAACGCUCGUCCUCUCUCAUCCCAUACAUUGAGAACCAUGACCUCUACAUUGCCUUCGAGGAGACGAAGGCCAUCCUGGACAAGUACAAGUGUCACCAUGCCCUGGGGCUACUCUACUACUACUCCAACCAGGCCAGUAAAGCUCUCAAUAUCUGGACCAGGAUAUCAGAUGAGGAGUUGACAGAUAAAGACUUUCCUGGUUUUGGCUACAUUGUGGACUUUCUGUCAAAAUACACGGUGGAGGAAGUGGUGUUCCAAUACUCCGAGUGGGCUCUCAAGCGUGACGAGGAACUGGCCACUAACAUAUUCACUGAGCGAACAGAGCAGCUCAACUCAGACCAAGUGCUCAAGUUUCUCUCUCCCUUCAAGACCGCCACUGUCUCGUACCUGGAGCAUAUCAUCCAUGGCCAGGGGUCAAAGGAGGAGCGCUAUCAUACCAAAUUAGCCGGCUACUAUCUGGACACGGUCCUGGCAUUGUCAGAGGAAGGAUCUCAGAGCUCCAUGAGGUUAGGGGCAGCACGACAGAAACUGCUAGAGUUCCUAGAGAGCUCCUCCCAUUACCACGCCCCCCAACUGCUCAGCAAGGUCCAGGACUCGGACCUCCACAGAGAGUGUGCUCUGUUGUACGGCAGGAUGGACGAGCAUGAGAAGGCACUGACUCUGUUAGCACACAAGCUCAAGGAUUACAAGCAGGCAGAGGAGUACUGUCGCCUCUACUCCCAGGAUCGCAGUCGUCAAUAUCGUCAGAACUUGUACCAGACCUUGCUACGAGUGUACCUCCUCCCACGAGACAAGGAUCACUCCACCCUCAUCCGUCCUGCCCUAUCACUGCUCAACUCUCAUGGGGGACACUUUGAUGGAGCACAAGUGUUGGAGCUACUGCCCCCCAACUGGCCCAUCUCCACUGUCAAGAUGUUCCUCCUCCAUAGUAUCAGGAGCAGCGUCAACACUCACCGCACUGAGAAGAUAGAGCAGAGCCUAGCCAGGGGGGAGAAUCUCAUGGUGAGGAGAGCGUUCAUUGACCUCCAGGGUGACCCCGUCGUCAUCACUGACACAACGCAAUGUCUCGUGUGUCAUAUGCCAUUCAAUGAUGCUGCGUUUGUCCGCUAUCCUAAUGGAGUGGUCACCCACCUCAAGUGUGGGCGUAACAAGACCAUCUGUCCCGUCACUGGCACCUGGUUUAGCGGGGAACCAUGACGAUGAGAGGGGGCGUGGCAAUCAACUCUUUGUGUUAUAAUUAUAGAAUCACACUUCACUAAAAUUAAUUUAGUUUUUUGAAUCUCUUCAUACUCAUAAUUAUACCUAG